AUGACCACAGCUGCCGCUUCGGUCUCAGCUCAAGCACCCCCUGUCGCUCAUGCGAUCGGUGGAUCAUUGGGAAGCGCAAUUUCCUUGUUUUUAGCUUACCCUCUGGAAAGGGCUCGUAUCGACCUGCAAUCAGGGGCAUCUCUGCCAACUAAAAAUAACUCAUUGAACUCUGUUGAAGACGAAAUCGACGGAUUUCCGACAAACCACCAGGGGCCAAUAUCGCCAUCACCACGCACUGACUCCUCUUGCGUGUCACUUCACCAGAACGAGGAGAAGAACAAAGAAUCAUCCAAAGAAGAGACUGAAACUACACCAAACAAUCAAAAAAUAAGUUCUUCUACUCCAAUCAACCCGACAAUCGAUCCCAGCUCGGCGACAACCAGUGCGACAAAGAAGAGAAAGGAAACCUUGUUCGAGUGCCUUAUGAGGCUACAUCAACGAAAAGAGUUAUACACUGGUGUAUCUCCCGUGGUAUCGACCAUCUUUACAAGUCAAUUCAUAUUCUUCUACAUGCAUGCAGUGGUUAAGAAAUUAUUCAAUCAGUCUUCGAGAGGGGGGUCGAAACGGAAUGCUGCAGCUGUGUCGCUCCUGUCGUCUUGUAUAGCUGGAUUAGGGAACGUGUUGCUUACCAAUCCACUUUGGGUAGUCAACAUGGCAAUUGUCACUGGUGAGACAAAAUCGCAGAAUUUGUGGAGAGAAUUAUACGUCAUGAUACAGAAGAAGGGCCUUAGACACAUGUGGAGUGGUACGUCUGCAUCGGUACUAUUGGUGUCCAAUCCAGUGAUUCAAUUCUUUUGCUAUGAGCAAAUGAAAGCGGCUCGAUUAACAUCACCAAACAAGUCCAUCUUGCCUCCAAUCGAAGCCUUCUUUAUUGGCGCCAUGGCAAAGGGGGUUGCUACUGUUACCACCUAUCCAUUACAAUUGGCUCAAACUGUAAUGCGGUUAGAACACAAACACAAGGGAACCUUGGACUGUCUUCGCAAACUGUAUGCUGAUGGUGGUUUUCGAAAACUCUUUAUUGGAAUGCGUGCUAAACUGUUGCAAACAGUCUUGACAGCUGCCUUUACCUUCUUGACGUACGAACAAAUUUUAGGUGUGGUACAAGCAACCUUAAUCUCAGCGGUUGGCAAGAAUGAUUCCACAGUACCGGUACCGUAA